GAGCACGAAUGGAACGAACGUACACCUGAUUGGCUACAGUCUGUGUGACGUUGGCGGAAGUAAAUGGAGCAGCAUUGUUUGACCGAUGGAAACCAGAGAAGGAUGAGGGUCUCCACCAGUCACCUGCAGCAGCUGGCUAUCUUCACCACUGUGCUGACCGGCGGAGGGGUCGCCACCAUGUACUACCUGAUGCAGAAGAAAUUCAGCGAGUCAGACUGGCACAGACUGGCUCUGCAGAAGUUGGAAGCAUGUCCAGCUGCCUUGGAAAGCCUCGGAGUUCCACCUUUAAAAGUCUACAACAUCCACCUGACGGACAGACACAACCAUCUGGAUCGGGACAGUGCGCGGAUGAAGAUUCCUGUGACUGGGUCAAAAAGUGGUGGUUACGUGUUUACUUCUACAACGAGAGACCCUGAGACCAACAGGUGGAGACUGAAACGGGUGGUGCUGCAGCUGCGUGAAGGACAGAUCAUUGACCUGCUGACUCCUCCCCCUCCUGCUACAGAACAAGCCCAGACUUCAGAGCUCACACAUGAAGCAGACACUGACCUCUGGCACUGACAGAGUUCCUGUUGUUCUGAUGACGGAGGUGCACGGGACUCACAGUUGCUGAGCUUCGGUACUGUAUCUGGUUUUGAAUAAACAGUGUGAUUGUU